UUCCCUGAUGUUCUUACAGUAAUCCUAUCCAGAAACUUGAGUGGUUAACGAAAGCUUUGCAAAAAAAUGGCUUCCUUAAACCAGCAGCCGAUCCAUCAUUUCCUGCUUAUCCCUUUAAUGACCCGAAGCCAUCUUAUUCCCUUCACCGAUAUGGCCAAAGCACUCGCACACCAUGGCCAACAAGUUACCAUUGUAACGACACCCCUUAAUGCAGCUCGUUUCAGUGAUGACUAUGUCAUAAAUUUCAACCUCAACAUCCAGUUUCUUCCAUUAUAUUUUCCUGCCCAAGAAGUUGGAUUACCUCAAGGAUGUGAAGCUAUGGACUCACUCGCUUCUCCAGACAUGGCCACAAAGUUCUUCCAAGCUAGUAAUAUGCUACAACAACCAUUGGAGAAAUGGCUUCAAGGUUUAGACUCCCUUUCCCUUCCCAGUUGUAUUAUUUCCGACGUUUGUUUCCCUUGGACUUCAAUUCUCUCUCUUAAAUUCAAUGUUUCCAGAGUUGUAUUUCACACAGUUUCUUGCUUCACUCUCCUUUGCUCUCAUAACAUUGAUCACUACAAGGUGUUUGAUGAGAGGGACAAAUCGGAUUUCGAGCCUGUUUUGGUGCCUGAUUUGCCUGAUAGAAUCGAAAUUACUAAGGCCCAAUGCCUUGCUUUGGAAAUCAAAGCUUAGAUGAUUCUAAGAAAGUUUUAAAGCAGUUUAAAGAAGCUGAAGCUUCGGCCUUGGCGGUGUUAGUGAAUUCUUUCCUAGAGUUGGAACCAGGGUACGUUAAAGCAUACCAGAAAUUCGUAAACAACCUUUGGUGUAUCGGACCACUUUGUUUAUACAACAAAACAACACGGAGCGAAGCCUCCAUCGACGACCACGAGAGCUUAAAUUGGCUUGAUUCUCAGAAACCGAACUCUGUAAUUUACGUUUGCUUUGGUAGCCUGUGUCAUAUAUUUGAUCAACAAUUAAUGGAGCUUGGGUUAGGGUUAGAAACCUCAAAUUGUCCCUUCAUUUGGGUAAUCAAAGAAGGAAGCUACACGGCAGAGCUAGACAAAUGGUUCAAAGAGCAAAAUUUUGAAGAGAGGGUUAAAGGGAGAGGGCUUAUAAUCCGAGGAUGGGCACCCCAAGUUCAAAUACUGUCAAAACCAGAAAUAGGAGGUUUCAUAACACACUGUGGUUGGAGUUCAACACUGGAAGGAAUCAUUGCUGGUUUGCCAUUGAUAACGUGGCCGAUGUCUAGCGAACAGUUUUACAAUGAGAAGUUAAUAGUGCAAGUGGUGAAGAUUGGAGUGAAGAUUGGGGUUGACAAACCCAUGAAAGCGCCCGAGGUGUUGGUGAAAAAGGAGGACGUAAUGAAGGCUAUAAAACAGGUGAUUGAUGGAGGAGAGGAAGGGGAAGAGAGGAAGAAAAGAGCUAAAAAGCUUGGAGAGAUGGCAAAAAUGGCAGUUGAAAAUGGAGGUUCUUCUUGCUCCAACUUGACGUCGUUGAUCCACCUCGUAAGUUACUUCAAUCAACACAGAUAAAGACAAGAUUGCAUGGUUCACUUUGUAGCUUUGAUUAGCGCCGUAGUUAUUAUAAUAAUUUGAAAAAUAUGAAAUUAAGUAUAUAAUAUCCUUUAAUUUCAUCUGAAA